CCGCACAAGGCAACAUGGACGCGCGAGCCAUUGCUAGUUACUGACUGACACAAACUCAUCGACGAUGCCCGCAACGCUUGCGACAGUCCCGACGCUCAAUCUACUCUCGAUGAAUGCGAGCCCGGCAGUGCUCGCUUCUGCACGGAGUGCAGCAGGAAGCCGGCACGGGCUCAUCAACGCGACCCGACUGGUACACUCGCUGGCGCACAGCCGCGAGGACGGAACGUGGCUACAGGUGCAGAAGACAUGGGAGACUGUCCUUUAUGCGCGAGCGCUGUUGGACGCCCUGCGGAGUGGCAACGAGGGGGCGUCAACGACGGCCGACGCUCUCGAAGACCUCGAGCGCAUGCUCACCCGUGCCGAAGAUGCAGUUCAAGUGUCGGCCAAGCGCGCCAAGGCGCCGGCACCGACUGUUGCCCUCCCGCUGCUCGACCUUCCUUCCGCGCCGGCUGAGGUAGCGCUUCUCGGUGAGGCUGUCUCUGCCAAGCUAGACGAUGCGGAGGUUGAGGAGCUUGCGUCUCCUCCAGUGCUUCCACCAUCCCCUGCCAAAGUGCGAGAGCCUUCUCGCUCGCCCUCUAUCCCACUUCUGUCCCCGGCCGUUGGGGAGCUCGAUACGGCAAGCUACUUUGCCAAACGGCGACGCGAGGACGAGGCGGGCGGUGAAGCCGGCUUGCUGCCCCUGAAGACGGCGAAGAUGGACGAUGAAAUGAGUGCAGAGGGUAUGCGGCGGCGUUUGCUCGGCACAGGUGGUGCACAGAGUGCGAUCGGCAGCGCAGCGCUACACGAGGAGCUUGGUGGACAGUUGGCCGACAUGUCACAUCGGCUCAAGCUGAACGCCAUCCACUUUUCAAAUUCGCUCGAGGAGGAGAAGAGUAUGCUUCAGCGCUCGGAGGACACGCUGGAGAGCAAUCUCGCGGCCACUAAGGAGAGCAAGGGCACGCUGUCCAAGGUCUCGACCAAGGGACGGAGUACCACGUGCAUGACGCUGGGCGUGGUAGUGGUCGUUAUUCUCCUGUUCGUUUGGACGCUCAUGCUCAUCCGCUUCACGUAGACUUUUUAGACGAACGUGUAAACAGUAGUAAAUGCACAUCAGCAGGUUCUGCACGACCUCCACAUUUGCC